AACCUGUUGAUGUAAACGUAUUAUACAGUAGAUUCUAACAUGAUGAUUACGAUCUUGUACAUCAACCAUGUUAUCUCUUGCAAUGAUUUAUCAGUUCAGCCUAUAUGAACAGUUUGCAAAUUGGCCGGGUCGCUAUGAUGAUGGAUCAAUCACAUUACAUGAGCUGACGCAAAUGACCCUGCUCUCUUUCAAGAACUCUUUCAAAACGAACAUGGCGGCAACUUAACAUUUGGCCAAAAUGACUGUGGAUCAUUUCGCGAGAAAAGAUCCCACCUUGUCGGACCGAAGAGGCAAAAUUCGGCGUGUUAAAACGAGGAGUCCUUGCGCUUUUCACCAGAAAGCCCGGAAUCAGAGCGAGGGGCCAGACAGUGGCUUUUCCGUGUUGUAGCGACUCUGCGCAAAAGGGGAGAGCGGAACCCAUGACAGACGAGCAGGGAGAGACAUGUUGCUACAGAUAGCUGGGUUUUUCUCCGGAGAAGCACGGGGAGAGGGGAUUCGACAAUGAAAGCAGUAAUCCCCCUUAACUGAUCGGGAAUUGCAGUUAAUCGCGGAGGUGAGCCAUGACCGCUCGUUAGUCAUCGUUUAGUGGUCAAAACUCAAGACAGACCUCCCGUCAAUGACUAUUGUGGCAGAAAAGCCCCCACGGUGGAGUCAGCCAGCGCUGCGCUUUCACAAAAUAUGACCAGCGGUGCUUGGAAGUGGCGGCAGCGAGAUGACGGCUUAAAAAUUUGGUGUGCUCCCCGCGAGAACGAGAAGCCAUUCACCGACUCCGAGAGGGCCCAGCGAUGGCGAUUGUCCUUAGCGUCCCUCUUAUUUCUAACCGUUCUGCUUUCUGAUCAUCUGUGGUUCUGCGCCGAGGCCAAACUGACAAGGACCCGAGACAAGUUAGCACCAAUGGACAUGAGCGCAAACCACAGACCCGACCUCCCUUCAACACACAGCAGCCUCAGAAGAAACGAAGAUGCUAUUUUUGUAGUCAAUUCUACCAAACCUUUGUGGCAACUAGAAACUUGCCACCCGGAUAGUUUGUCUGAAAACUGCUUCACUUUUGUCGACGCUGACCACUUGUGCAGGGGCCUUUCGGAAACGGAGGGGACUCGGUGGAUGAACAUAAGCGAUUUGUACCUUUCCUUUUGUAAUUCCUACUCUCUUAUGGAUUUGCUUGACGGAUCAUUAAGUCCGGACAAUUUGAACUGCAGCCUUGACGCGAUCAUGGACGGCGACCAAAACAGAUGCAGUCUGUGCGUUCAGGCAUACCAGCGUUAUGACCUGCACGCGCAGGAGAAAUAUGAGGAAUUUGAGAUGAUGGCAGAUAAAUACGAGACGGAUGUGUACUCAGUAAGGACGUGCAUGGAAGAAUGCAAGAUUGUCUACAAGCCCUGGCUCUGUGCUCAAUAUUUCCAGAGCCCUCAGUCAGGCUGCAGUCAUAAGAUUCCCUGUGAGCAGUACUGUCUUGAGGUCCAGCAGAGGUGUCCGUUCAUAUUGCCUGACAAUGAUGACCUUAUACAUGGUGGCACUCCUAGUUUUAUAUGUACAGGGCUUUCGGAGAAACUAGACAUCAACCAGGAGCCAGAGUGCUGUGAUGUGCGGUGGGACCAGAAGUCCAACAACCGUUCCCGCGGCACUUUAAAAAGAACUCACCCUUCCUGCCAGCACACAUCCGUGACCUCCUCGGGGACUCCACGGCUCGGGCAGGGCCGACUGAAACUUUGCUUGCUGGUCCUAGUUCUUCUCCACACUGUGGCUACCAUGACGGCCAAUCAGAACUCGACCUGCCUGACCGCCAUCUUUCCACUGGAUGACAAUGCCCCUAGAGAAGAGUGAUUGGACAAGGCUGGGCUGGACAACUUGCGUAUCCGCAUGCUCCAACACAUCUCGCUUCGGGCUUGUCAGUAAAGAAGCCCCUCACUCAGAGAGAAGCUGAGUGUACCGGGUCUAAGUGAGGCUAACAGUCUCAACCAGAGAACACUUAACCGCACUUGUCAUCAGCACCUUGUGGGGUUUGAGGAAAAUAGCGAAUGGAACACAGGAAUAGUAGCAGACAAAAGAUGAGGGUAAUAGGAAGAGUCAGAACACACCCCCACAGAGACUUCUCACUCUCUUCUGGAACACACAUUGUGGCACACGCGCACACACACACACACACACACACGCACGCACGCACGCUCACACAAUGUCAUUUCACUUUGCACUAGGAGAUUAUCUGACUUUUCCCUUUUAGUUUCAGCUGUUAUUUUCACUUCAAGAUGGUUUUGACUUCUGUUCAGUGGUUUCAGAGCAACCUGGAAAGUGACUUGGGUGUCCAUGUUCCUGUCAAAUUCUCCAUUUAUAUGUUGUGUGCCAGUCUUUUUGUGUAUUUUGAGAGUGAGUGUCAUAUCACAAAGUCAUCAUCACCACAUCAUUCAGACAGGCUACAGGUAGAAGAUUCACGUCUCUCUUUUUAUUUAUCCUAUAUAAAAUGAAAUAAUAAAAAGUACUAUUUUGAAAAUAGAUGUACUUAAAGCCAGAUCUUAGCAGAGCCUCAAAAUCAAAGCAGCACUUCUGUUCAAACAGAACCAUUGGCAUCUCAUCUAACCACCUCACAUUAUCUCAUCUAGCCACCUCACAUUAUUUUAGAAACUGAUGAUUAUUCGUCUACUAUUUGCCAAAUCCUCAUGCUUGGUGCAGUUUGCUGUUUCCAAAGUCUCAGCUACCACGUUAUGAGAAAGAUCUAUUUAUUCUAAGGUCUUCAUCACCAUAUCAUACAGUACAUGACUCACUAUUGGGACUAUUGACUGACAUAUUGGGACACUCAGUUAAAUACACAUAUCCUAUAGAAGGUGGUCAAAACAAACCAAUUAACAGGGCUUUGGUACACAACUGUAAAGAAAGAGGACUGAUAAGUAUUGUCAUAUAUAUUAUGCUUUUAUUAUGCACUUUAUUAAUUUAAUAAUGUGCUAAACCCUUCAGCCUGUCUGCAUUAAUUGCAUCUCAGAUGUUCUGUGAAAGCAUAAUUUUUCAGUGUGUGGUCCACAUAAUCCUUAGCAGCAACAAUGUUUAUAUCUUUAUUCAUUGCAUGACAUUAUCUGAAUGCAUUUACAUUACGCCAUGCAUUUAACGUAAUUGUAUGUGAAGUUGGUUUAACUAAGGUUAACGACUACAGUUCAUGUGCAAAUGGAAUUGAAAUAGCUGAACAGAAUGUGCUGUUCCAUCAUUAUCAUACACAAUUACACUGUAAUUUUACCAUAAUUUCCCUGUCAAAAAUAUCUAUCUAUUGUGUAAAGGGCUUAGCAAAUAGUAGUGUGUGGUGAAGGAGUUAAGGGCUUACUCUACAUUUCUCCUUCUGUGUGGUUGUUGUCUUCAGUGUUUGAGUGUAAUGGCUAAUAGGGAUUAUGUGCUGUUUUGCCUUUGUCAGGACCUUAUUUUCUGACUAUCCUCGUAUACACCUGUGCAUCAAACACAUUCCUUUGGUCAUUAUUUUCGUGUGUGUUUAUAGAGUAAAUUCACUAGCAUUAAAAUAAUCCUUGUAAAGUUGGGUUAGGGUUAGAAUUACAAAAAGCAGAGACAUGCAGAGUGGCUGGUGACAUUGGCCCAAAUGCUCUAUUUUGGACAAUUCUUAGUGUUUUAGAAAACUAUCAGUAAAUGCCUCUAUUGGGAUACUCUUAAUAGAUUUGGGAGGCAGUUUUUGUAAGUACAUGGGCUAAUUCAAGAAGUAUCAAUGUGUAAUAUUAGAUAGCUUCAUUAAACAGGAAAAUAAAAAUGGCAGAACCUCUGAAGUCACAAAGAGAUGUCUUGUUAAAACAUGUAGAGCAACACAAGCUAGCACUGUUUUGUACACAGGAGAAGUGCUUGUUCUCUGUUUUUGAGCCAGUGUCCCGCAAAAUGGUUCUGUGUGUCUCUGCUUCAAAGUAAUUAACUAUGCAGGUGAUUAAAUGCUCUUGAUUUUACUUUAUAACUUCUCUGUCAGUGUUAUUUAGUUGUUUCUGAGAAUCUUUGUCUCUUUAUUCCACAUAAUUUUGUUAUGUAUUGUCCCUGAAUAUGGCCUUUAUCCACUGUUUUCUCCAUCAAAUGGUGUGCAAUGCUAACAUAAAGGAUGUCAAUUUUUCCCAGAUGAUUUUGUUAAAUUGUAAUGAUCAUUCUAUGGAAAUAUUAUGCCUUCACCCAGUGUGAUAGAUAUGCCAUACAUACAAAGAACAGCAUGCCAAAGUAUUGCAUAACUUUCAUUUUUCUUUUAUUCAAUUUUACCAUAUUAGUCACUUGAGUGAUGAAAACAUGAGCACCAUUGACUUCAAAAGCGUAUCUAGACUUUUCCAGUAUAAUAACACAAUGACAAUAUCUGUCACACUAAGUGAAGGCAACACCAACUCCUAAAAGAUCAUUAUUUUUACACUGCUAUAUAAAGGCAACACACAGCAACAGACUUAUGACUGAAAUUGGUUCUUAUAGACUGACAGAACAGAUGGCUUGACUGUGCUAAAAUUCAGAUUUUAAGAAAACAACAACAACAACACAACACAAAUUCAGUUUAAAAUUAAGUAAAAUCAAUUAAAAUAAAUAAUAAAAAUGAAGCCAUUUUUUUCUCAUUUUCAGUGUUGCUGUAGUUGUGCCUUUGUAUGUUUGUAUUAUGAGAUCAAGUGAAGAUAUCAGGCAGAGAAUGAUCACAGAUCAUCAAGAGACUGAAAAUGUGUGAAUGUCCAGCUUGGAAGAGCUGCAUAGAACAUAUUGUAGUCCAUCUGAUGCUGUAGGGCAUCUGUUAAUUACCAACCUGUUUCAUGCUGACUUCAAGAUCAGAGAUUUCCUUUUUUUUUUUAGUAAUGUAUUCUCCAUGACUGUGAUGUACUUCCAUUGUAAUGUCAAAGACUGCUCACAUAUAAUCUAAACCUGAAU